CAAGAUUCUAUUCACUUGCUUCGAGACCAUCUCGACCGAAACAAUUGUCCUGCCUCUCAUUACUUUUCACUUUCGAGUGUUCAAUACUUUUCUUGUUUCUUCGAGACGUUUUUCAUUUCAUUGUACAAGUGAUUGCAGCUAAGUUCCAUCAGUACUAUGGCUCACGGAAGAAUUCUACUAUUGGUUGUUUGCUCAACCAUUGCUUGCAGCUUCGCCACUGAUGUUCCUAGUUUUAUCCACGUUUGCAAGCGAAAUGAUCCUCAAAUCGAGGAAUGCAUCAAGAAGAGCGUCGAGGAGAUCCGACCGAAGCUCGUGGCGGGAGUACCCGAAUUCAACAUACCGUCCCUGGAGCCUCUGCUAUUGAAGGAGUUGGUGGCAGCCGAGGGCGCAGGUGGCCUUAAGGUCACCUGCCACAACAUCAAAGCCUACGGAGCCAGUGACUUUGUCAUUCAGAAACUCAGGGUCGAUAUAAGCACCCUGCGUUUCGCCAUGGACAUACUGCUGCCUCACCUGUACAUCGAGGGAACGUACGAGGUCGACGGCAGAGUACUCUUGCUGCCGAUCAAAGGCAACGGACCUCUUACCGGUAACUUCACCGACGCCUUGGGCUCGGUCAAAGUUCAGGGCGAUCUGUUCAAGGCCAACGACGGCACCGAUCAUUUGCACCUCAGCGAGUUUCGCAUGCGCAUCGCCAUUCGCCAGGGAAGCCUCAAGCUGGAAAAUCUCUUCGGUGGUGACGCGACCCUCGGAACUGUGGUAAACAACGCCAUCAACAACAACUUCGACGCCUUCAUUAAGGAGCUCAAUCCGCUCAUCGAGAAGGCCCUGUCCACUGCCUUCAUGGAAAUCGGCAACAGCAUAGUCAAACCCUACACUUACAGUCAGCUCUUCCCCGAAUCGUAAAAACGCAGCAAUUAGCCAAAUUCUUUUGGCUCUCGAAGGAUCAUCGUAUCAUCACUUACGAUUUCUCUCUGUAUCUCCCUUUUUCCCCUCGGAAUACCAUCGUAAAGUAAUUUCGUAGAUGUCUUUUGUUUUUUCUUGUUUUCAUUUUUUUUUACGCACGCACUUCGAGCGAGCCCGGCACCGCUGCUUGGAACUACUGAAAUAUACGUAACGUAACAUUUUUUUUUGAAUGAAUCAUGUAUGCAAGGUAUAUAAUUUUUUAAUUGUGUGAAGUUAUACUUUUUUCAUGAUUACGGGCUGAAGCAUCCAAUUUUUUUGCGAGCUGCAUUAUGGUACACGACCUUCGCACGACACCGCAUACACACAGCCUCGAUGUCGUUCUUCUUCAUCUUUUUUCUUUUCUUUCGCUUCAUCGAGCCUUCUUCUUUCCAGCUGACCUCCACUUGUAAUAUUUCCCAGACAGACGGUAUUUUUUCUCAAUUAUUCCAACUCCGUGAUAAUCAAGGGAGCACCACUUUUUCCUUUUAUUAUUUUACGUAGCUGCGCCGUGGCGUCACUCACAAACAUGUACCCAGACAAAUAACACAUGGCUCUGUUUGCAUUGCUACGGGAAAGUUUUUUCAUAUUUUUUUUUUAAUUUUCAUACUUUAAAGUACACGACGCGCCCGUGAUUAACGAACGAUAAUGAGUCGCAAGGAAGAAAUUCUUCGUCGCUGGUAUUCUUAUGCGCGAUUACACACGUGUGUAAUACUCAAGAAAAGUGGAUUCGGUGAUUUGUACUUUUGCAUACUUUUAAGAGAAAGAAAUUUUCACAAGAUUGCGUGAGAUCGAUUUAUCUCUGCGCCCUUCCAAAUGAUCAUAGUUUUUACGUUUUACAAUCUAUAGGGAUAAGAUUCGUAUUUUGUUGAUUUCCACUUUUAUCAUUUUUUCGGUAUUACAUCGAUUGUGUAAUAAUAAUAAUAAUAAUGAUAAUAAUAUCAAAUAAUUAUUUAUUUAGAACAUUUCGAAGGCAAUAGUUUACUAUUGCAAAGUAUUAACUGUCAUAUUUUUACAAUAAUUAUGUAUUAUUUUGUUUGGCUUUUAUUUAUGUAAAAUAUGUAUAAGUGACAAAUUUCUUGUAUUAUGUAGAUUGUGUUAUAGAAUUAUCCAAAUAGAUGUUUAUAAUAAAUUGUUUUCUAUUAUUGUCUCAUUCACA